AUGAUCGACCAUACGACCACCCUUCGCCGUAUUCCCACCGCGCCCAGGAUGGGCAAAUCCUACGAUCCAACAGCCACACCAUACGCAUCAAUGAGCGGCAUGACACAUCAGCCCUACAGUACUCCGGAUACGUCGCCCCCAACGCCCUCCCGGAGUUCGGAUAUGAUUACUACCCGUAGCGGGUUGACCAUUCAAAAACGAGCGACGACGAUCAAGCCUCUCGCUGCCCACGCCCCUCGAGUGGAGAAGGCUUCACCGCGAAAGAAAAAGGAACGCAGCAAAGUAUCGAAAAAGAUGGACGGCGUCCAGAAGCCGCUAAGUGAGCUGGCGCGAGAGAAUCCGCAGGUUUUUGUGGCAGACAUCAACGCCUACGUGAACAGACCAAUCGAGGAGCGUCUGAAAGAGGUCGAGGAGAGCAAAACGCCGGGCAAGAUCAAACGCCCCAUGAACGCAUUCAUGCUCUAUCGCAAAGCAUACCAGAACCUUGCCAAAAGCCUCUGCACACAGAACAACCACCAAGUCGUUUCGCAAGUUUGCGGCAGUGGAUGGCCAUUGGAGUCUGAACUGAUUCGCCAGCAAUUUAACGACUGGGCCAAGCUCGAGCGCCUGAAUCACCAAGAAGCUCAUCCGGGUUACAAGUUUACGCCUUCGAAACCGAAACCUAAAGCCCGGGUGGAAGACGACCAGCCGUCAGAUGAUGGGAACUUGGACGGCUUUGACUGGUCUGCAGGGCCCAUGUCUUCGAGGGGUCGGGAGAUGAAGGCACGCAGGCCCCAGGGACAGUACGACGCCCCACCUUCGAUCUAUCAUUCGUACGCUGGCGCCGCGGGAAUGGCCUACCACCCGGUCAGUAUUACCAACAAAGCGUACAACAGCGACAUGAUGGUGUUGGCUUUGUAG